CUGGCCAGGGCCGGCAUGGCGGGCGGCUGGGAGACAGCGCUGGGCCUGGGGCUCUGCCUCGCCGCCCUGCACCGCGGAGGCUGCCGCCUCCCCAGCGUGCCCACAGCACCCCAAACUCCAGCUGUGCUGCGGGACAAUUUCCGCCUGCAGCCUGGUGAUUUGGUGACCACAGCGGGGCAAGUAUUGGARCUGGAUUGUGUCCCCCCCUUGGGGUACCCCGAACCCUACGUUACCUGGAAGAAGGACGGGGUGACCUUGGACUUGGUAGGUGACAGGUAUGUGGUCACCAAGGGGAAGUUGCAGGUGGCAUCGGCGCGACGGAGCGACUCCGGGCUCUACAUCUGCGUGGCAGCCAAUGCGGCGGGCGAGAGGGAGAGCCGGGGUGCCCGYGUCUCUGUCCUGGAAAAGCCAACCAUCGUGCGGCACCCGAGCGACGCCGCGGCGGUGGCCGGCAGCACAGUGGAGCUGGGUUGCAUCGCCCAGGGUGACCCAGUGCCACAGGUGCAGUGGCACAAGGAGCAUGGAGACCUGCCCUGGGGCAGGCACGAGGUGGGCCGGGACCACACUCUGCGCCUCUAUGCUGUGACAGCCGCCGAUGCCGGCACGUACGUGUGUACAGCACAGAGCCAGCUGGGCACCGCCGCCGCCACCACCCGCCUCCAUGUGGACGAGCGGCUGGCAACAGGCCAGCAGGAGACUGCACCACGGGACCUGCUGGCCGUGCGGCUGCACCUGGACAAUGGCACUGCRCUGCCCACUGCUGCUGUCCAGCUMCGCUGGCAGAUGCUGAUGCCGGUGCCGGUGGCUGUGGGGUACAUGGUGCUGUACCGCAGCCUGCUCCCAGUCACCACCUCGUGGGUCCAGCACGACGCGGGCAGGGAGCUCAGCGCCAUCAUCCCUGCGCUCCGCAGGGGCUACAAGUACGAGUUCAAGGUGCGGCCCUACACUGGAGGGACCCAGGGCUCAGACAGCAACACCAGGCACCUCUGGAUACCUGAGGAAGUGCCUAGUGCAGCGCCCCAGCGUGUCACCGUCAGCCAGGCCGAGACAGGGAACGGCACCGUGAUCGUCAGCUGGGAGCCACCUCCUCCUGAAGCCCACAAUGGCAUCAUCCAGGGCUACCAGGUCUGGUCAAUGGGUGAGGGCUGGCAGCGCCCUGCCAACAGGACAGUGGAUGGAGCCACCCGCCGCCUGGAAACCCUCCCCCCGCACCCCGGGGCCGAAUUCUGUGUCCAGGUGGCAGCUUUCAACAGCGCAGGGCUGGGGGUUCCCAGCAACGCCACCUGUGGUGUCCUGGGGCUGACAGCAGGGAGCAGCAGGGUGGUCCAGGCRCUGCAGCAGCCUGCUGUCAUCGCAGCCGCUGGCUCCAUGCUCUGGUUGGCCUUACUCGCCCUCCUCCUCCUCSUCUGCCAGCGCCGUGCCAGCCAGGAUGCCGCCGCUCGCCACAGGCUGGUGGCCGGUGACUCGCCAUGGCUCAGUGGACCCUGGAAACCCAGCUGUGCCCCCCGAAACCUCAGCAGCAGCAGCAGCCUCAGCAGCCGACUCCUGGGCAGUGACGGCAGGGACCCCCACCCCUCCACCCUCUCCUUGGAGCCGUCGAGCCUUGGCCCCCCCACGCCCCCCAACCGCAGCAGCCUCCGUGGGGGGCACCCCCCGCCCCUCAGGGACACGGGGUGGUGCUCUGGGGGACACCCCGGGGUGCACACCUCGCCCAGCACCCCGAACCCGGCGCCCUGGGAGCGUGCUCGCAAGAGAGAGCUGCAGCAAGUGCACAGCACCCCGGUGCUCAUAGCUGGCCCCAGCCACAUCGCUGUCACCGGGAGCGGAGRCGAGUGGGGGACAGAUUUUGGGCUGGCGGCCAGGUGGCCUCAGCAAGGGGGACACGAGGGUGACACCAUCGCUGCCGUGAUGGACAACGGGGACCCACCGGUCUUCAGCUCUCCAAAGCCACGUCGGGGCAGCAUUUCACUGGCCCCUGGGAUAGCCAGGUCACCCGUGACACCCCCGAGACCACCCCACGCCUGGCACCCGCCGGUGACACGGUGCCCGGCCACCGUGUGCCCCAGGGACACAUCUCUGGUCACCAGGCAUCCCAAGGAUGUGUCCCCAGUCACUGGGAUCCCCAGGGACACAUCUCCAGUCACGCGAUGUGCCAGGGACACAUCCCCAAUGGCUGAGAGUCCCAGGGGUGUGUCACCGGCCACCAGGAGCCCGAGGGACAUGUCCCUGAUCACUGAGCACCCCAAGGACAUGUUCCUGGCCAGCAGGAAUCCUCAGGAUGUGUCCUCGGGCCCCAGGACCCCCAGGGACAUGUCACCAGCCACCAGGCACCACAAGGACUCACCAGCAGCCAAGCACCGGAGGGACACAGCUUUGGCCACCAGACACCCUGAGGACACCUCCCUGGUCACCAGGUGCCCCAGAGACCCAUUACCAGUAGCCAAGUGCCAGAGGGACAUGUCACUGUCCACYAGGCACCCCAAGGAUUUGUCCCCAGCCAGCAGGCACCCAAAGGACACAWCCCCAGGCACAGGGCUCCCCCGGGAGAUGUCCCCAGGCAUGAGGCUUCCCCAGGAGAUGUCCCCAGAUGCAAGGCACKGCAGGGACAAGUUCCUGGCCUCCAGCAGGUACCCUGAAAAUGUGUCACCAGCCCUAAGGCAUCCCAAGGACACAUCCAUGGUCACCAGGCACCCUGAGGACAUGUCACCAGUCUCCGAGCACCGCAGGGACAAGCUCUUGGGCACCAGGUACCCUGAAAACGUGUCACCAGCCGUGAGCCAUCCCAAGGACACAUCUCCAGUUGCCAGGCAYCCCAGGGACACAGUCGCAGCCACCAGGCAUCCCCAAGAGGUGUCCCCAGACUGUGGCCACAGGAAGGACAUGUUCUUGGGCAUCAGCUACCCCAAGGACAUGUCCCCCGGGCGCCUCUCGCCAGCGUUCAGCGACGGGGUCCUCACUCAACAGCAGGUGGCUGAGGUGCUGGAGAUGGAGCAGGACACCGCCUGCUGCAGACCCCCRGCACCAACCGCGCCACGRUCCCUCUCACCRCUGCACACCUACGGCUACAUCUAYGGGCCACCAGCCUCYGAGCUGGGUGAGGAGGAGGAGGAGGAGGARGAGGAAGAAGAGGAUGAGGAGGAGGAGGAGCGCACAGCAACGAGGGGCUCGCCAGGAGGGUCUCUGCUGAAUGGCUGGGGCUCUGUCUCUGAGGACAACUUUGCCAGUGCCCGCUGCAGCCUGGUGAGCUCCUGCGAUGGCUCCUUCCUCCUGGAUGCCAGCUUUGCCCGGGCGCUGGCCGUGGCUGUCGAUGGCCUCUGCUACAGCCUUGAGGACACUGAUGGGACCUAUGGGGGUCCCUCACCACCACCAUCGCCCUUGGAGCGGAUCUUUCCAUCUGGGGUCUCCACCAAUACCUGGGACUGGUGGAGAGUGCUGGAGGUUCCACAAAGAACGGGAACAGAGGCAGCCAUGAACGGUGUCUCACAGAAUGRUGGCCAGGGGAUGGGGAUUGGCAGCCCCUGGGCCAGGGAAGGUGGUGAGCUGGGWGCAGGAGGGACAGGAGCGUGGCAGUCCCCAGGGCGCAGGACGCAGCAAGGCCAGAGUGCCGUUGGCUCAGCUAAAAUCCAGCUUUAUUAGGCAGUUCCCCAAACAGGGGCUCUUUGCUAGGAAAAGCCACCCACAAAGGGUGGGCAGCACCGAGGUGGGUGGGUGUCCCUCCUUAUUCAGUGUUCUUGAACUUCCCAAGUAUCCUCCUCCUUCCACAGUGUCCCCAUCCCUUCCCAAAUUCCUCAUUCUUCCCCAACAUCAUCAUCCUCCCCAAGAGUCUGCAUCCCCUCUGUGUCCUUGUCCUUCAGUAGUGUCCUCCUCCUUCCCCAACAUCCUCAUCCCCCCAAUAUCCUUGUCCAGCCCACACACUGUUGGACACCCCAAGUGUCCUUGCCUUGCCCAACAACCCUUGGUUGUUGACCCCCAGACCAUCCCCAUCCCCAGUGACCAUUUCCACUCCUUCCAACUGUCCUUGUGUUUUCUGAGAGUUCCUGUCCUUCCUCAGUGUCCUUGUCCCACCUUGACCAUCUUUCUCUCCCAAGUGUCCUCAUCCUUCCCAAGCCACCUGAGUGACCUUGUCCUCCGAGUCUCCUUGUUCCUCCUGAUCAUCCUCAUUUCCAGGGUUCUCAGCCCUCCUGAGUGUCCUCAUCCUUGAUCAAUUGUUUUGCCCGCCAUUCCAGGUGUCCUUGUUCUUCUCCACCAUCCUCAUCCCCUGCAACCAUCCUCCUUGUCCCUUACUACUGUCCUUGUCCCUCCCAAGCAAUCCUGUUUUUCCCAAGUGUCCUCUUCCCCCAGCAAUCCUCAAUCCUUGGAAAUCCCCAUCCUUCCUGUGUGUCCUUUUCCCUCCAGGCACCACUGACUCCCAGCCUUCCUUGUCCCUCACCAGCAUCUUCUUCCAUCCACAGUGUCCUUGUCCCUCCCAUGCAAUCUUGACCCCCAACUGUCCCCAUCCCUUUCAACCACCUCAUCCCUCCCAGACAUCCUUGUCCUUUUCCAGCAUCCUUGUUCCUCCCAACUGUCCUUGUCUCGAGGAUCCUUGCCCCACAUAAGCAUCCUCCUCAUCCCUCUCCAGCACCCUCAUCCCUCCUCAGCAUUCUCAUCUCUCCCAGCUGUUUGUCCCCAGGGUUCUUGUCCUUCCCUCAGCAUCUUCCUUGUCCCUCCCCCGGGUCCUCCUCCCUUGAACCGCCCUUGCCCCACCCCAAGAAUCCCUGUUCCCCCUCACGCUGACGCCCACUGGCCGCGAGCUCCGUCAAACCCUAUUUCCGUAGAGCCACUAGGAAAUUAAAGAAAUGCCACCAUGACCCCUGUGUUCCCAUCC